AUGACUACUAUUUGGCUACACGGUUACGCCACAACUGCGACGUCUAUUUUCAUUCCCGGAUCUAUAUUCUAUGACGUGUUCAAGAACUUUCACAAAGCGCGUCUGGACCUUGGCAAGGCAAAAUACCCUACCCUCACCACACAACUACUCACACUUCAUGAUCGCAUGUUGCUUACUACAGCCGCCUUGGCUCUGGGCGUUGCAGUCUUUCGGGCGCAGCCGAACCAGCACCAAUGCCGAUGCCGACCCUCAGAACCAUGCUGGCCGAGUGCAGAUCAAUGGGACGUCUUCAACAAGUCGAUAGGAGGAAACCUGGCCAGGAUUCGACCCGUGGCCUCUGUAUGUCAUGGCCCAGAGUAUGACGCUGCUGCUUGUACGGAUUUGUCAAGCCUGGCACGCGACAGCGGAUGGCGAGCCUCUAACCCUGGUGAGUCCCUCCCGAUUCCCCAUACAGUGAUGGAGUGCAAGAAAGCUAAUGAGCUCAUUCCCUGGCAUGAAGCAACACUACAAGACUGGGUAUGGGAGAGCAAUGGUCUCGUUGAGGAGGUUUGCCAUGUUGUGACGUCCCGCGGGGAAUCUCAACAAUCGGCAUGUCACCAAGGCAGACUUCCUCUGUAUUCGGUAACGGUUCAAUCUAUUGCUCAGAUUCAGUCUGCCGUCAGAUUCGCCAAAAAGCACAGUCUUCGUCUUGUGGUUAAGAAUAGUGGCCAUGACUGCGCUGGACGGUCGAGUUCUCCCGACUCAUUCCAAAUACAUACCAAUCUGCUCAAAGGAAUCACCUAUCAUGACAACUUUGUUUCUCAAGGUUCCGCUGCUAAAGGCUCCGGGCCGGCGGUUACGUUGGGUGCUGGAGUCAUGCAUUGGGAAGUGUAUAGCGAUGGUGUGAAGAACGACUACACCAUUGUUGGAGGCGAAUGUCCAACUGUUGGUGCUGUGGGCGGAUUCUUGCAAGGCGGCGGCGUGUCGAGCUUCCACAGCUUCACAAAAGGCCUUGCAGUGGACAACGUCUUGGAAUAUCAAGUGGUGACUGCCGAUGGUGAGCUGGUUUCAGCAAACGAAAACCAGAAUCAAGACUUAUUCUGGGCUUUGAAAGGAGGAGGCGGAGGUACCUUUGGGGUUGUUGCUCAAGCUACAGUUCGCGUGUAUCCUGAUGAUCCUAUCACGGUCGCCGCCAUUAGCAUCUCGACGUCUCUCACAAACAGACAAUUUUGGACUGAAGGAGUCAGUGAGCUUCUACGCCUCUUGCGGUUUUUCAACCAGCAAGGCUUUCCCGGUCAGAUCGUCGUAAUGGGUCCGAACCAAGGUUCAGUCCAGGCCACCUUGGAAUUCCACUUUGCGAACACGACCGACGAAUCAUACGUGAAUGAAUUGCUCAAGUCACAAAUCAGGCCUCUGGGGAAUCAUCAAAUUUCGACAAACUUGGCUACUCGGGUGCAGAAAAAGGCAAGUUCCGAGGUCCGACUUAGGCCAGAUAUUUAUCCACCGCAGUACGGGAUUGUACAAGGGUCCGUCCUGAUCUCUGAUGGACUUUUCAAUUCUGCCAAUGGUCCACCUCUGAUUGCAAAGAACUUGUCCAACUUGAAACUGGGGCCAAAUGAUAUUCUUUUCACUAGUAAUCUUGGUGGUCGUGUUAUGGAUAACAGCGAUAUCGAUAUCCCCCUUCAUCCAAAUUGGCGCUCUGCAGCCCAAUUGGUCACUUUGGUACGAGCGGUCGAACCGUCAAACCAGGGGAAGCUGGCCGCAUUAGAAACCCUUCACUCACAUGAUAUGCCCAUUCUGUACUCACUGGAACCCAAUAAUAAGGUAUCGUAUCGUAAUUUGGGUGAUCCCUCGGAGAAGGACUUUCAGAACAGAUACUGGGGCACAAACUACAAGCGCCUCGCCUCUAUUAAAGCAAGAUGGGACCCGGACGAAUUAUUCAUCACUAGACUUGGGGUAGGAAGUGAAGCUUGGGAUACGGAAGGAAUGUGCAGAAGGUCUCGUGGCCUCGUGGCUCGGGUUAUUGAGCUGCUCCGACUCUCGGGGAGAUGGACACUGGAUAAUUUUCUCCUUUGA